UCGUGUGGCCGUGCUCUUCUCCUCUGCUGUGUGAAAAUGGAAUUGAAAAAUGUGGUGAAGGACAAGAAAUUCUGGGUGGCGUCUUUUCUAAUCGCGUGGGCUGCUGCUCUCCAGGGUCACAUGAUGUGGUUACAGCGCCAGGAUUCCUUCAAACAAAAGUUCGGUAACCUUGAUCACUCCGACGAUAACGAUCCUCAUAACUCACUCUCAUAGACCCCCACAACAACUUUCUUCCUUCUACAUACUGUGUAUGUUUGUUUUUUCCUUUUUCUAAUCUGUCCUAACUAAGGAUACGUUUGGCGAAUUUGGCUCUGAUUAGAAAAUUUGGUUGAAAUGCCCCCCCAGACUUGCAUAAUUUGAUAACAUGUUUUAUUAUUUUCGGUUACAACUUGCACCACCCAAAUUCCUAAAAUACUAUUAUUUCACAACUCUUAAGUUUUUCAACUUCGAAACUGCUGGAUGGGCCGCUUUAAAAAAUUAACGGAACCUAACACAACUUGGAUGCAUAAUUCACCCAUCCUUAGUGUAAGGAAUUUGUAAUUUUUAAAUGUGGGGCAUUCCUAUCACCCUCACUCAUAUGGAAGGGAUGAAGCUCCUCUAAAGUAAGCAAAUAUUAUAGUGCAUCCAGAUCUUAAACUCUCUUUAGAUUUAAGGAUAUAUGUGAAUUUUUUAGCUGUAAAUUAGGAUGCAAUUAUGCCCUUAGAUGAUGUACAUUAUAUUUCUAACAAUAGAUACAUCCUUUCUUGCUCACUUUGAUGACAAACUACUCACUUUAGAGAAGCUUUGUUUCGUAUGAAAGAGAGACACUCUGUUGGAAAAUAUGCUCACAGACUAGCGCUGAGGAUAGAUGCUU